GCCGCUGCGGUUCCCUGUUGCACGGCAGCGGUGGCUGCGGAGUUAGAUGGGCCGGAGCCGCUGCGCCCUAAGGAGGAGACACGCCCCAGCCUUUGCGCCCACCUGCCCGGGCCCCGCGCUGAGAGAAAAUGACUGCAAUCAAGCAUGCCUUACAGAGGGAUAUUUUCACUCCAAAUGAUGAACGUUUAUUGAGCAUUGUGAAUGUGUGCAAAGCAGGCAAAAAGAAGAGAAACUGCUUUUUGUGUGCCACAGUGACAACAGAACGUCCAGUGCAAGUAAAUGUGGUCAAGGUGAAGAAAUCUGAUAAGGGAGAUUUCUACAAAAGACAGACAGCGUGGGCACUUCGAGAUCUUGCUGUUGUUGAUGCCAAAGAUGCUGUUAAAGAAAAUCCUGAAUUUGACUUGCAUUUCGACAAAGUGUACAAAUGGGUUGCCAGCAGCACAGCAGAAAAGAACACUUUCAUUUCAUGUAUCUGGAAACUGAACCAGCGAUAUCUUAGAAAGAAAAUUGACUUCGUAAAUGUUAGUGCCCAGCUUUUGGAAGAAUCUGUUCCAAGUGGAGAAAAUCAGAGUGUAGCAGGAGGAGAUGAAGAAGCUGUGGAUGAGUAUCAAGAGUUAAAUGCAAGAGAGGAACAGGACAUUGAAAUAAUGAUGGAAGGCUGUGAAUAUGCCAUUUCUAAUGCUGAAGCCUUUGCAGAAAAGUUAUCCAGAGAGCUGCAGGUGUUAGAUGGGGCAAACAUCCAGUCAAUCAUGGCCUCUGAGAAACAAGUGAACAUCCUGAUGACGCUGCUGGAUGAAGCUCUGAAGGAAGUGGAUCAAAUUGAGCUGAAGCUGAGCAGUUAUGAGGAAAUGCUACAGAGUGUAAAAGAGCAAAUGGAUCAGAUCUCAGAAAGCAACCACCUAAUUCAUCUCAGCAACACAAAUAAUGUGAAGCUGCUGUCGGAGAUAGAAUUCCUAGUUAAUCAUAUGGAUUUGGCAAAAGGUCACAUAAAGGCCCUCCAGGAGGGGGAUCUGGCAUCUUCUCGAGGCAUUGAAGCCUGCACUAAUGCAGCUGAUGCCCUUUUGCAGUGUAUGAAUGUAGGUCUUCGACCAGGACAUGAUAUGCUUUAUGCAGUCAAACAGCAACAGCAGCGGUUCAGUGACCUACGUGAACAAUUUGCACGAAGACUUGCCAGUCAUCUGAACAAUGUGUUCGUUCAGCAGGGUCAUGACCAAAGUUCAACACUUGCCCAGCACUCUAUUGAGCUGACAUUACCCAAUCACCAUCCCUUUCACAGAGACUUGCUUCGAUAUGCCAAAUUGAUGGAGUGGCUAAAAAGUACAGAUUAUGGAAAAUAUGAAGGGUUAACAAAGAAUUACAUGGAUUAUUUAUCACGGCUAUAUGAAAGAGAAAUAAAAGAUUUCUUUGAGGUUGCCAAGAUUAAGAUGACGGGCACAACCAAAGAAGGAAAAAAGUUUGGUCUUCAUGGAAGUUCUGGAAAAUUGACUGGAUCGACCUCUAGCCUAAAUAAACUCUCUGUUCAGAGUUCAGGAAAUCGCAGGUCUCAGUCAUCCUCACUGUUGGAUAUGGGAAACAUGUCUGCCUCGGACCUUGAUGUGGCUGAUAGAACUAAAUUUGAUAAGAUCUUUGAGCAAGUUCUAAGCGAACUGGAGCCCCUGUGUCUGGCAGAACAGGACUUCAUUAGCAAAUUCUUCAAACUACAGCAGCAUCAAAGCAUGGGAACAACAACGAAUGAAGCAGACGAAAUGGAUGGAGGAACUUUAUCCCGGUCUCAUAAUUCUGGUGUUCCACAAGCUAUAUCAUCUGAGAAAGACAUGAUCCGACAGAUGAUGAUAAAAAUAUUUCGCUGUAUUGAGCCAGAGCUGAAUAACCUUAUAGCUCUGGGGGACAAGAUUGAUAGCUUUAAUUCCCUUUAUAUGUUAGUUAAGAUGAGUCACCAUGUAUGGACAGCACAAAAUGUGGACCCAGCUUCCUUCCUCAGCACAACACUUGGAAAUGUUUUGGUGACUGUCAAAAGGAACUUUGACAAAUGCAUUAGCAAUCAAAUAAAACAGAUGGAGGAGGUAAAGAUAUCAAAGAAGAGUAAAGUUGGGAUCCUUACAUUUGUUGCUGAAUUUGAAGAAUUUGCAGCACUUGCUGAAUCUAUUUUCAAAAAUGCAGAGCGACGAGGAGAUUUAGAUAAAGCCUACAUAAAACUUAUAAGAAGUGUUUUCAUCAAUGUGGAGAAAGUAGCAAAUGAAAGCCAGAAAACACCCAGGGAUGUGGUCAUGAUGGAGAACUUCCACCGUAUUUUUGCAACUCUCUCUCGUUUGAAAAUCUCAUGUCUUGAGGCUGAAAAAAAAGAAGCUAAACAGAAAUACACUGAUCAUCUCCAGUCUUAUGUCAUCUACUCCUUGGGACAGCCUCUUGAGAAAUUAAAUCAUUUCUUUGAGGGUGUUGAAGCUCGUGUGGCACAAGGCAUAAGAGAAGAGGAAGUAAGUUACCAACUGGCUUUCAAUAAACAAGAGCUUCGCAAAGUUAUAAAGGAAUAUCCUGGUAAGGAAGUGAAGAAGGGAUUGGAUAAUCUCUAUAAGAAGGUGGACAAACAUCUUUGUGAAGAAGAAAACUUACUUCAGGUUGUAUGGCAUUCUAUGCAAGAUGAGUUUAUACGCCAAUACAAACACUUUGAAGGCUUGAUAGCUCGUUGCUAUCCUGGAUCAGGUGUUACCAUGGAAUUCACUAUCCAGGACAUCUUAGACUACUGCUCCAGUAUUGCACAGUCUCACUAAACUUCUACAAGGGGAAAAUGCUUGAAAAAUAUCAAGUACUAUGAAUGUUACUUGCUUUAAGAAGAUGAAAUGAGAAGCAUAUGUAUUCUUAAAUGUUCUAUAAAUGUCUAGUCAUAGUUCCAUCUUGGAUAUAUUUCAAUGCAGAAUGAAAAGCCUAAAUAGCAGUGUUGCUUUCCUGCUCGGUUGAAGCACUGUUUUAAAGCAUUAAAUUCAUGAACACUUAAUAUUUAAUUUUUCUCCCACUGGUGCCCAAGUUUUUUUUUAAAUCUGUAACUUUCUUGCUAACAGCAAUUACCUUUGUAUAUUCUUAGCACCUUGAAAGGACACUACUGUCAUCUGACUUCACACUAGUACUUUGCAUCCUGGUAAUUAUGUAACCGUUAAAAAGAUUGUACAGAAUUAGUUUUUUUCUGCCUCAAGCUGUAAUAUAUGGAUGUGGAGUUCAGUCCAUGAAAGUACGAACUAAAUUCAUGUUUUGAGAAUUAAUGUGACUGUAUGUGGCUGUAACUCUU